AAAGGUUCGUGUGAGGUUCAUUUAGUUGCGACGCAAAACUAUUAAGAGGAGAGACUCAAAAUAAUAUUAAUUUGAUUGCUCCACUUUAACAGCGAAGAAAUUCGACGAAAAGAAUAUUCAGUUUGAGUAAAACAUCGAUUUUGUGUGAUAAAGUAAUUGAGAACAAAAAAAACGAAGCAAUUUGCGACCAAACAUAUUUACUACAAGCUAAAGAAAAAUGGAAGUAAAAUUGUGCUGUGCCAUCGUUGUUGCGUUGGUUUUAACCUUCAACUCCAAUAUAUAUGCCAUUCCGCUGUCUCAAAUUCUGAACGCCGAUCAAAUUCCAUCAUCGUCCGCCGAAUCAUCAGCAGAAUCAGCCGAAAAUGCUACAGUCAAUGGAACCAAAAAAGAUCUAUACGUGAUAAAGGCGGUCGUUUAUGAAAUUGGUAUCUUAACUGAAGCAGACGAAAAUGCCACUUCAUCUGAAGAAAAUUACUCUCAUGAGCGUGUGGAUUUAACAUUCUUCGAUGCCAAAUCGAAUGGAUCACACUUUGACUUGGGCGAAAUUCCAUUGCCAGUGCAAACGAAUGUGACGGGUCAAGUGCUCACAGGCAUUGCUCCCAUCGAUUUGGGAACCAUACAAAAUGCUUCGGACAUAUUAAGUACAUUGCCGCUGACUGGAACGAUUAUCAAUAUUACUCACAGCGAUACCAGUUUUAUAAACUUAAGUCAUCGACCUUCGAUCACUGAAAAUGGUACCAUUUUAAAUCCAGAGGAUAUUGCCAAAAUUCCCGGUUUGAACGGAACAAAUCCAAUUUUGAUAGAUGCUCAGGCACCCAUCGAACCUGAUGACGACGAGUAAUGCGUAAAGAUUACUUUUGAACAAAAGAAAAAAAAAUCCAUCAAAUUGUAUUUACUAAGAGACUGUAUGUGUGUAUAUCUCAACUUUAAUUUUUAAUUGUUCAAACACUAGGUUUAGUACAGCAUUUUCCAACAGAAAAA